ACACUCGACCUACGUGCUCUAUUAUACAUUACAUGAUCGUGGGCGGAACAUAGGCUAAGGUAGGGCGAGACAAGACGAGCUUGCCAAAGACAGCGGUUGUGGUUGAACCCAAGAAGAAUCGAAGGGGCCCUUUUCAACAACAAAGGCAAAUCUGCUUCGAUGCCGAUGAUGGCCACAAUAAAUUCUAUAAUAAUCGUGCGCCGCGCCAGAGAAUAUCUGAUGGCCGGGUAGAAAAAAAGGGGGAAUCGAUGCGACAGACGCCGGACUCAAAUAAAAGGCCCGACCGAAUACAUGUCGAUAUACUUAGAUACUGUACCGGGCGGGGAUCGGCAUGAGCCACUUUCCAGAUCAUGCUUCGUUCCGGGGGCCGCUGGCAGGCAGGCAGGCAGGCGCGCCUUGAGACGUUGAGGCGCUGAUAAGAAUUUAGCAGACGCAAGGAGCGUGAGAUGAAUGGGCCAUAAUACGCACGGCGGUGGUCUGGGGAGUACAAUGUGCACCGCGUGAUUCGAGACUGGCUGCGGAGAGCAGAAUUGCGCAUUUCUGUCGGUGCUAGGGUGCAGAGUCGGACCACACGGUCGCAGCAGACAUGGCUCAGUGUGCCGGAGUUCCACCACGCCCUUCUCGGACGCAAUUCUGAACUUGAGCCUCGGAAUUGGAGCUGCAAUUUGUUCGUCUUCCUCGAGAUAUGGCUUCUGCUUCAGCUUCAGCGGCAGCGGUAGCGGGGCGGAAGAUCUUUGGGAGCUUGAGGCCGCUCCGUCGUUUUCCGGCUGGUCUUGUGAGCCGGAGGAUAUGGCCGACGGACUGCGUUGAUGGCGUGGGUCCCAGGCUCGUCCCAGAUGGCUUGGCGAGCUCCUCUUCCUCCAGGUGUUUCUCUGCCUGGAGAGCUUCGUCCGUGACGCUCAAGUCCGAUGGCGAUCUGGAUGUCGCUGAGGUUUCGCCUUUCCCAGGAGCAAGGAUAAUGUACACAGAGGAUCUGCAGUUUGUAACUGAAACAAGCCCUUCCACGGUGCCAUGCUUUCGAGUUCUUUCCGAAAAUGGAGAGGAGCUGACAAAAAAUUUCUCCGAACCGGAUAUGUCAAUGGCUCAGAAGAUGUACGAGCAAAUGGUUGCUCUGCAAGUGCUUGACAGUGUAUUUUACAAUGCCCAAAGGCAAGGAAGAUUUGGUUUUUAUGCUACGUGUACGGGAGAGGAAGCACUGAACAUCGCCUGUGCUGCUGCCCUGCGUGACAACGACUCGGUGUUUCCCCAGUAUCGUGAACCUGGUGUGUUGUUAUGGCGAGGCUACAGGCUGCAAGAGUUUGCUGACCAUUGUAUUGGUAACUAUCAAGGUCACGGCAAGGGUCGACAGAUGUCCAUACACUACGGGUCAAACAAGCUCCACUAUUUUACAGUAUCUUCCGUUUUAGCAACUCAAAUCCCACAUGCAGUUGGAGCUGCGUACUCCUUGAAGAUGGAGAACAAACAACGAUGCAGCGUGACUUUUUUCGGAGAAGGUGCCGCAAGUGAGGGUGACUUCCAUGGAGCUAUAAACUUCGCUGCAGUUUUGGAGGUGCCUAUACUCUUCAUCUGCCGCAACAAUGGCUGGGCAAUCAGCACUCCUGCUUCUCAGCAGUAUCGAGGAGACGGCAUUGCUGGCAGGGGUCAGGCGUAUGGGGUUAAGAGUAUUAGGGUUGAUGGAAACGACGCCCUAGCAGUAUUUUCAGCUGUGAAAGCUGCUCGACAGCUUGCCGUUGAAAAUAAUCAGCCUGUUCUUCUUGAGCUCAUGACAUACCGGGUAGGUCACCAUUCAACUUCUGAUGAUUCAGCUAAAUAUCGUGAGGUUGCUGAGAUUCGCUACUGGAGCGAACGGCGGGAUGGAGUUGCCCGCUUCCGAAAGUGGAUAGAAUCAAAGGGGUGGUGGGAUGGGACGGUUGAUGAACAGCUUCGAAAAGACCUUCGUACCGAGGUCAUUGCAUGUUUGGCUGCCGCAGAAGCCAAAGAGAAGCCUCCUUUGUCAGACCUUUUCAGUGACGUCUACGACUCUCUUCCCAAAAGCCUGGAGGAGCAGGAGAAGCUAGUACGGCAGGCUGUUCAGAAUUGCCCCCAGAUGUACCCGGCGGAUAUACCUCUAUAAAGUCCGGCCUGUCUAGUAAUUGUUGAAAGCAGUUCCCGUGUGGAUCAAUGUAUCAAGCUUAAGCCUCCUGCGACUGCAGAAUUACGCGAAUAUUGUUUGCUGAAGGCCGACUGGAAGGUGGAAAGUUUUACUCAAUUGAAACUCCUGAAGCAGUAGAGAUCUAUGUACAGUAUCUUUCCAAGUUUAUGGGGCCAUAUACAGGAGCAGCGUUUUGCUUGGAAACGUUCGGGAGGUGAAAGCUGGCAUAAUCAUUCUCCUUUGGUGAAUAAGCUCGACUAGACUCAUCUAGAGGGUUUUCGCUAUUGCAACAUGUAAAUAUAUCAAUGAAUACCUUGAAAGAGCUCAUCAAGCUGCCAGAUGUUUGAGAAUCUGUCGAAUGUCCCCUCUUCUGAAUGGAUGAUUUAAGUACUCACGCUGUACUCCUCUAUCUAGCAAGUUUCAAAGGUGUGGACUACAGUGUGUGAUGGGUUCGUGCAUGGUAGAAUAUGGUGCAUGGUGCAGGGUAGAAUAUGCGAGAG